AUGAAAUGCAUCCACAAAAUAGAAAAGUCUUUAGCUAUAAAGUUAUUGGAACGGGAAGUCGCAAUACUGAAGAGAGUUCAACAUGAAAACAUCAUCCAACUGAAGGAAGUCUUUGAAACACAUGAUAAAGUCUUUCUUAUAAUGGAGUAUUGUGGAGGAGGAGAAUUGGCUGCUGAAUUAUUGAAAGUUAAGAAAUUCAGUGAAGUAGAAACCAAGAAGAUUAUGUCUUCAUUGGCCAGUGCAAUAGCAUACCUUCAUAAAUCUGACAUUGUGCAUCGAGACCUGAAAUUGUCAAAUAUUCUUUUGAGUGAUAACCCAAUAGAUGACAAAGACCAUUUAUUCAUUAAGGUCACAGAUUUUGGUCUUUCUGUCAUUAAAGGAGGAGUUGGCCAUGAGAACAUGUUAAAUUCAUUUUGUGGAACUCUCAUUUAUAUGGCUCCAGAGGUUGUAGAAAAUAAAACUUACAGUCAACAAUGUGAUGUUUGGGCCAUGGGGGUCAUUGCCUACCAACUAUUAUGUGGGAGUCCACCCUUUAUUUCUGAUGAUGAAGACUCGUUGAUGGCUCAAAUAAGACAGGGAGAAUUUGAUUUCUUCUCACCAGAUUGGGAUGAUAUCAGUUCUGAAGCAAAAAACUGCAUUCAGAAUAUGUUGCAUCUUGAUACUGGUUACCGUUUGACUGCAGCUGAAGUCCUGCAACAUUCUUGGUUUACUGGUAUAAAGAAAGAUAGUAAGCUAAAUAUUAAUGUUUUGGAAAUGAUGUCAUCUUGGAAAGAUGACCUCAUAAAAGACCACUUAAAGGAAGACCUCCAAAAUGAAGCACAAAAUGGAGACUCAGAAAAUGAAGACGCACAAGACGAAACAGAAAAUGUUUCUGUGGAAGACAAAAGGAAAAAGUCGUUAGUAAACUCAAUGAGUGUAAAGACAAAAAAAGAAGUUUCUCCAACCUCAACCAAGACACAAGCUUCUAGCAUGUCUGCAAGUGGUAGCUCCCGAUCCACCCCAGACAGGUCCUUUUUAAGCAAAUCUCUUAUUUUCUGUCAGACUGCCAGUGUUGUUGUUGUCCGUAGCCUUCUUUACAACUCCUGUGACAGCUGCCUCCUGUUGUGUCUCUUCUUCUUCGGGUUUAAACCCCAGCCCCGUGUGACCAUGUUUGCCACUCAGACGCUUGUGCUCUUGACUCUGCUCAAACUGCUGUUCAAGAUCUUUCUCAAUGUCUGCAUGGCCAGCAGUGUUACUCUUGUCUGA